AUGAAUGGUGGGCAGCUACAGAAGGACAGGUGUCUGACAGACAAGUAUACGUGUGUGUUCACCUAUGCUUCUCAAGGAGGGACCAACGAGAAGUGGCAGAUGAGCCUGGGGACCAGCGAAGACCACCAGCACUUCACCUGCACCAUCUGGAGGCCCCAGGGCAAGUCCUACCUGUACUUCACACAGUUCAAGGCAGAGGUGCGGGGUGCGGAGAUCGAGUACGGCAUGGCCUAUUCUAAAGCUGCGUUUGAAAGAGAGAGUGACGUUCCCCUGAAAAAUGAGGAAUUUGAAGUGACCAAAACAGCAGUGUCCCACAGGCCCGGAGCGUUCAAGGCUGAGCUGUCCAAGCUGGUGAUCGUGGCCAAGGCGUCACGCAGUGAGCUGUGACCAGCAGCCCCCCUAAGGGCGGCUUCCUCUCAUCUCUACUGAAAGGGCGGUGCCCUGUGAGAUCGGGCACAUUUUUGGCUUUCUAGGGGGCACUGUUGGUUUUCUGCCUGGCUGAUGUUGCCCUCCUCAGACGGGUUCCAGGGUGGCUGAGGCCCUGGGACAAAGUCCAGGGGGCCAGGAGGUUGAGCGGUGCGGUGCUCCCCUCCCAGUUCCCCAUCUCCCCAGCAUCACCGCCACACACCCUGCCCCCGCUCUUCUGAACACAGAGUGUGGGUCUGCGCCCGCUGCCGCUUGUCGUGCCAGGAGCGGCAUCAGCACAGGCGGGGGGCCGCAGCUUCCUGAAGCCAGCAUGUCUCCCUUGGGAUCAGGCCAGACUCCGAUGCUCCGGGGAAGAGUAGUCCUGCUGCCCUCUGACCUCAGGUUGACUGUUUUCUUACAACUUCCCCAGGAGACCACCUUCCAGACUAACUGGAAAGAAGUGAACUGUCCUUUUGUAUUUAAAUAAAUAAGAGUUUAAAAGGAA